CGAAAUGUAAAAAAGUCGGGCGCUCAGCGUCUACAAGCCCAAGCUUGUAAGCCCAACACACAACACACUUACCCUAAGCCAACUGCGAAAUGAACCUACGACGAGGAUGAAGGAGCUAGCAGCUGCGAAGACAGCGAAGUGAACCUGCGUCCUGCGAGGAAGACGUCAACCGCGCCGCCUACGUCGUCCGCCAGACCGCCGCUCCACCCAGCUGUGACCUGCCGCCCUGCAUCCGCCUCUGCGCUUCCCUCCGGGCUCCAGCCUCCAGCCGGUCCAAGUAAACUCCAAUUGGACCAAUUCUCCGAAUUCUUAUUCUGUUUUAGAUUUUAGUCGAUUAUUACUAACUGAUUACUUAUUUUAUGGCAUCUUGUUUUGCUUGUUCUUUAACCGUUCUUUCUUUUGAACGAUGAGUAAUUUUCUAAACCGAGUUGUAAUAGGUUGUGUUAAUUGUGAGAACCAUGUUCUUACAUUUGAAUAAGUAUUUUUUUGUUAUUCUAAAUCACGAAAGAGUAAUUGCCUGAGAUAUGAUUGGUUCAAUUUAUAAUUAAUAGCUUAUUUUCUGUCUGCUUUAUCUUUUUUAUUACUUGAAUAUAUAUAAUUGGUUUACUUGAUUGGUGUAGUCUAUGAAAUCGUGUGUUCGUUUUAUCUAUUGAAGCAGUUAAUUAUACAAGCUUAUAUCAUCAUUCUCAAGUACUUUACAUGGUCAUUAUGUGAUAGUUAUUAAAAAGGCGUUCUUAAGACAGUCAUUUAUUUUGAAUUGCUUGUAUUGUUCCUGAAUAAGUCAUUUUAUUUGGAAUUGCUUGUAUUGUUCCUGAAUAAGUCAUUAAAACUUAUGGGUUAUUUCAGUAAAAUGAUUAUUUGUUUAUUUGCUAGUUGUUUAUAUUGAACCCCUAAAAAUAUGAUAACAGCAAUUUUGUGCAUUGAACCCUUAAAAAACUGUUAAAUCUAGAAAAAAUUAAAGGGAUCAUACUUCAUAAAGAAGGACCAUUAGCUAUGAUAUGGCUGGACAAAUCCAUCUAUCGCACUUUAACAGGCUGAUUAACACCUACACGUGUUUAUAUUUCUGAUGAGUUGGCUAUAUUAUUCAAUUUAGAUCCUUUUUGGGCACCUAAAUGCCAAAACAGUUCCGGAUGCAACAUUUCCAUGAACAAAUUCUUCAAUUUCUGUCAACGUUUACUGAGAGUGCAUCUGAUCAUAUAGUCGUUCGAUAAAUUGAUUAGAAUUUUUCGACAAAAAAAGAAGGGACUGAAAGCAAAGGUUGUCACCUGUGAGAUAGUUGAAAAUUUCCCAUUUUAUAAGGAGUGAGAAGAUGAAUUUCAUGCUGCUUCUCUUCUUUUUCGUGUUGUAGCUAAAACGGAAUCCCGAUUUUUUAAUAAUAUUAGCGUCGACAGAGUCGACGCAACAAUGAAAUGAAAAAAAAUAUAAAAAACGGGUAGUCUAUAGCGUCUACGGUCGACGCUAAUACUGAAAUACAAUUAAAGGAGCUUAGGGCGGAAUACACUUCUCUAUCGGUUAGGGCAGGACAAAACAACUAUGGACGGUCUUCCUCCUUCCUGAGAGCUGGCCGGAAGAGUUCAAGAGUGCUUCUAUGUGAAAGGGCAACAUUAAGUAAAAGUAAAACUAGCCCUUUAUUGCUAAAUAGGAGUUAUAAAAAGAAUUACUUUGAGAAUAAAUACGUAUUAUAUUAAUUCUAUCUUUCAAAUAACUAUAAAUCAUUGACAUUUAAGAAGUGUUUUCAUUUCCUUUUAUAAACUAAACUCAUUCACUAAUCCUUGUAUGAUAAAUUUAUUGAUAGAGUUUUGAAGUUGUUCUCUUUGAGGUGAGGAUGCCGAUGGAUAAGAGUUGGAUAUAUAUAAAGAAUCGAUUAUCGGAAGAGUAUUGGAAGGAUCUACAAGGUUUUAUAGACUAUGCAAAAGACUUUGUGAAUGAAGAAGGAAAUAUAAGUUGUCCAUGUAAACGAUGUUUGAAUGGAAAAAUGCUUCCAUUGAAAGACGUUAAGCGACAUAUCUUUGAAUCUGGGUUUGAUGUGACAUAUUCACAUUGGGUUUUUCAUGGUGAGCCACCUGAGAUACCACCAUAUCUGAAUUCAAAUGUAGAAGAUGAGGCAGAGGAUGAAAUGGCUGCAGUACUGAAUGACAUUGCAGGAGAAACUCGUGACCAUGGCAUAAGAGGUGAUACCACAUAUAAUAUGGGUGAUGAAAUGCCUACUCAAUUUGAGGAUCUAUUAUCCGAGCUUCAUACGGAGUUGUAUCCAGGGUGCACUAAGGUUUCUUCGCUAAAUUUUUUAGUAAAACUUAUGCACUUGAAAGUACUCUAUAAGUGGCCAAAUGAGUGCAUGGACUCGGUGCUAAAGUUGCUAAAAGAUGAUAAUAAGUUACCAACUUCUCAUUGCGAGUCAAAGAAAAAGUUGAGCAAAUUGGGACUUGGCUACGAAAAGAUUCAUGUUUGUAAGUAUGAUUGUGCUUUGUUCUGGAAGAGUAAUGUUGAUUUGCAAACAUGUCCAAUUUGCAACACGAGUCGGUGGAAAAAUGAGAGGGGGAAAAAAGUUCCAUGGAAAGUUCUCCGCUAUUUUCCAUUCAAGGAUAGAUUGAGACGAUUAUUUGUUUCACGAAACACCUCCAAAGAAAUGACAUGGCAUCAAAGGGGUAAAUCAACUGAUGCAGACAUGAUGCAACAUCCAGUUGAUGGCAAAGAAUGGAAAGAGUUUGAUGACAACUACCCUGACUUUGCUAGUGAACCACGAAAUGUUCGAUUGGGGUUAUCUGCAGAUGGAUUUAAUCCAUUUGGAAACAUGAGUUUAUCAUAUAGUAUGUGGUCAGUUGUUGUGGUGGUAUACAAUCUACCUCCAUGGUUGUGUACUAAAGAUCCUUAUAAGCUUUUAACUUUAUUAAUUCCAGGACCAUCUUCUCCUGGAAAGGAUAUUGAUGUGUUCUUGAGACCUCUCAUUGAUGAAUUAAAGGAGUUGUGGUCAGAAGGGAUGGUUGUACAUGAUGGAGCUACAAACACGCGAUUUCCUGGAAAGGUUUUGCUUGCUUUUCGUUCUAGUCCGACGUUCAAAAGUUAUCCUGGAUGUAUAGUUAAUGGAGUAAAGUUUUUGACUCACUGUCGGGAUAUGAACCGAUCAACUCAAAAUAGUGGAAUUUCUGUGAAGGGGUCAGAUGAUGAAGUGUUUUAUGGACAAUUAGAGGACAUUUAUGAAUUGAGUUACGGAGGUAACAAUUCUGUUGUUCUCUUCAAAUGUAAGUGGUACAACACAAGCUUAGAUCGGCGAGGGAAAAGAAGGGGAACGAAAGAGUACAAGAAUAAGAUGAGCAUAUGCAUCAAGGAUUUUUGGUAUGAAAAUGAGCCUUUUAUUCUUGCAUCUCAAGCAGAGCAAGUGUUUUAUGUUGAGGAUCUUUACAAUGGCCCACAAUGGAGAGUUGUUGAACAUUUUGUGCAUAGACACAUUUGGGACCUUCCCCCGGAUCAAGAAGAUAAUAUGUGUAUUGUCCAAGAUGUUGAGUCUUCGGGUAUUGAAUUGGAUGUUGAAGUACCAAACUUAGACUCUAUGUUAUGGAAUGACACAAAUGUUUCACCAAAUGUCGCUUCAUCUGAUGUGAUUACUUUAUAUGAGAAUCUUCAAAGUGGUUUUACUAUCAACGAAGAAGAUGAGUAUGAUGAAGAUGGUGAAAGUGAGUUUUUAAGUUAUGGUAGUGGUAAUGAAUACGAUGAUGAUGAUGGCAAUGUUGCUGAUGAUGUUGAUGAUGAUGAUGAUGAUGAUGAGAGCCUCAAAUAUAUUAGCAGUGACGAUGAUUAAAUACGAGGCCUUUUUAUUGUUAAUUAUGCUUGGAUCAUUUGUACGCACUUUAUUUGUUUAGAUGUUUUUGCACGUGACUAAAUGACUUAAUGUUUUUCCGUAUAUUUUUAUGGUUAUUGGUUUCCGAUGAUGUUUGAUUUACAUUUAAAUUAUCCUUACAUAUGUAUGCACAUAUAUAGGUGUACUUUAUGACAGGAACAAUGGCUACAUGUGCGGGUUCAAGUGGAGGAUCCCAACCUCCACGAGAUCCCCAUAGAGUGCCAUCUUCGUGUGAGUCAGGUAUGAUGUAAUGCAAAACGGAAAACAAAAUAUAAAUUAUUCAUGAUCAAUACUAAAUUAUAUUUUGUUUAAUGAAUUUUAUAGGUUCAGAAACACAGAAAACAAAACGGAAAGGGAGAGGUUCAGCCAAGGGAAACAACAUUAUGUUAGCCGUAGCUAAAGAUGGAAAGAUCAAAGUUCAAUUUGAUUCGGCAAGGAAAACGUGGAAGGCAGUAGGGCCAAAAGCUUCUUGGUGGUCAAGCGCAAUAGGCAUACACACUCGGGACUGUUGUGAUCCGUUCUACGAUAAGUGGGACGAUGUUCCGGCCUGUCAAAAAGAUAUGAUUCGACAUAGGAUGUUGGACUGGUUUGAGUGCGAUAAUGACAAGCUUUUUGAUGAAGUAUUGAUUCGAGAUGCUCGAGAGUCCUACAACGAUUGGAAAAGUGAUUUAUCUGUGUAUUUCAAGAACAAAGGAGGAAUGCAAGCUAAGAGACCUAUAAAUGUACGAAGUGAUGAGCAAUGGCAGAAGUGUUGCGAGAGAUUCAAUUCUACGAAGUUCAAGGAAAUUUCUUCGAAAAACCUACAAAAGUGGGCAUGGGAGAAAAUCAUAUGCCCAAUAUAUGCAUGAAAAAGUAAGAAAUGAGUCUUUGUUAUUUCAUUUUGAGUUGUGAUAUGUGGCAGUGAUUGGGUGAUUACAUAUAUUUGUUAUUGGUGUUUAAUGACAUAUGAAUGUAUGAUGUAAUUUCCUUGGCAGUGUUUAUGUUAUAUUGUAGUUUAAUUGGGUGUCGUUUUUUGGUAUGGUGUUGAUUUUUUGUAUGAUUCAUUGUAUUUUUUUUUUGGUACAGUUUUGUUUCGGGGUGUCCCUAAGGCCUUAGUUUAUAUAUAGUUUACCUCUCGUAUAUAUUUAAUAAGCACUAUCUAUAUCGCUUAGUCGUAUAUUUUUGCUUUAGUUUUGCAGGUUUUUCAAAGAUUGUACUUAGUAGUACAAUCCUUAAUGUUAUGGUAGUGAUUACUGAUCGACCAAUGUUAAAAUUUCAAGCUACUAAUUUAAUGUUAAUGUUACUUAUUGAUCAUUCAUGUUAUUUUAGAUAUUGACAAUUAUAAUGAAUAUUAAAUAGGAUGAUCCAGAAACUGGUGAGCAAUACUCAGCUCUUGAAAAUUGGAAAGAUCAACGUUUGACUCGUAGUGGUGAAUGGAGAACAAAAGAAGCACAUGAAAAAUAUACUCAAAUGAGCGAAGAGUACCAAACACAGCUAGGACAAACAGGGUCAUCGUCUUCAAUAAAUGAGAUUGAUAUUAUGCACCGGAACUUGAGAAGAUAUCGCGGACGCCAAAGCGGAUUGGGUCCUACCCUAUCAAAGGGUGCAUCUCGACAAUUAGAAGAUGGGGCUACUUCAACGUUCCAAGACCACCGGGAUGUUCAAAUAAGUGAAUUGAAGGCAAAUCAAGAGUUGAUGCAAGCAAAUCAGGAGUUGAUGCUUCGUGCCCUACAACAAUUUAUUCCUGGCUUUCAACUUCCUUCACGUAGCUCCGCAAAUGAUGUUCCUUCGACAUCAAGUGCUAACCAACCUGAUCGGAGUCUCGAUGAACAUGAUCAAGAUUGAUAACAUCGAGUUGAAUAUGCUUUUUACUUUGUUAAGAUGAACAUGAAUUUAUUUAUGUUUACAUUUUGUGAUGUUGUUUGUAAUGAUUUAAUGAAACCGCGUUUUAGGAUAACUCACUUUUACUAUGGAUAUGGAAUGAAUUUAGUUGUUGUUGACAUUUGU